AUGGUCCUCAACGUGAGCCUCUCUAAUUACACAGUUGUUGAAAAUGAUGCUAAGCCUAUCGUCGACCUUCUGUCAGUGGACCACCACAGCGCAUUCGGCACUACAUCAGUUCAAUGGUUGUCUUAUAAGAGAGCGUCUGAGGUCGUGUUUAUCUUUCGUUUCGGUAGAAGACAACGUUGCAAGAGAAUUCCGAAGUGGGUUCCUUAUCAUUUUCGUCUUACGCAAUCGGUUGAAGAUGGUGGACUUUUCGCGGUUACAGAAAUAAUUGGUGGAUUGCAACAGGGACACAACUAUCUUUGGGGUCAACAUAAUGCUCCUUGGAAGCGAUCUCUCUCAUCUCUCAGGAACCAUCACCGGCCGGUAUCGUUUCGAGCUUCCAAAGAUGCAAUUUAUGACAAAAGUUUGAUAAAGUUGGUGGACAUUUUUAUUUCUUCCCCUAUGAGUUCUUCUAUUCCCUGGGUGUUUGGCUCAAGUCAGGUGGGGGUGCUGAAAUUAAACUUCAAAGGAAGUGCUUUGGGGAGCCAUGGUGUUGCUGGUAUUGGGGGGAGGGAUCAGGGAAAGGGAUGCCAACAUGGGUUGGGAUUUCAGUGGCCCAAUUGGUAUUACAGAUUCCUCAAAGGCUGAGGUUUUGGCUGCUGUAACAGGGAUUGAAAUUGCAAAAAGCAUGGGUUUCUUCUAAUACCAUUAAAUGGCUAGGGAAAAAGAUUAUGGCUCUUGGAUGCUGUCUCAUUACCUGAAUGAGUCUAUGGAUUUAUUUCACUGGAAGAACACUUAUCUAUUUUGGAUCUGAAGAGGGCUGAACUCUUUAGCUAAUGGUCUAGCUAAGCCCAAAGGGAUUGUUUGUAUAGUGGAAGAACUCUGCCUGUAAUCUAAGUUGUGGUUUCUUUCUUUUUUCCUUUUUCCCUGGUAUACACCUUCUCAUCUACUCCUUUAUUUUCUAUGAAGUUUGGUUAUUUUUUCUAGAA